GUGGGCGCGAGGCCCCCGGCGGCGGCAACGGGAGCAAUGGCGACCGACAGCCGGGAGGAGAAAGAUGGUGAACUUAAUGUUUUAGAUGAUAUUUUGACUGAAGUACCAGAACAGGAUGAUGAAUUGUAUAAUCCAGAGAGUGAACAAGAUAAGAAUGAAAAGAAGGGAUCAAAAAGAAAAAGUGAUCGAAUGGAAUCCACUGACACCAAAAGACAAAAACCUGUUCAUUCAAGACAAAUAAUUUCCAAGCCACUGAGCUCAUCAGUUAGCAAUAACAAAAGAAUGGUUAGUACAAAAGGAAAGUCAGCCACAGAGUAUAAAAAUGAAGAAUAUCAAAGAUCUGAAAGAAACAAGCGUUUGGAAGCUGACCGGAAGAUUCGCUUGUCUGGCAGUUCCUCCAGAGAACCUUAUAAGAGUCAACCUGAAAAGACUUGUCUCCAGAAAAGGGAUCCUGAAAGGAGGGCCAAAUCUCCCACUCCAGAUGGUUCUGAGAGAAUUGGGCUUGAAGUGGAUAGACGUGCAAGCAGAUCCAGCCAGUCUUCUAAGGAAGAAGUGAACUCUGAAGAAUAUGGUUCUGACCAUGAUACUGGGAGCAGUGGUUCUUCUGAUGAGCAGGGAAACAACACUGAAAAUGAAGAGGAGGGAGUGGAAGAUGUGGAGGAAGAUGAAGAGGUAGAAGAAGAUGCAGAGGAAGAUGAAGAGGUUGAUGAAGAUGGAGAGGAGGAGGAGGAGGAAGAGGAGGAGGAGGAGGAGGAGGAAGAAGAGGAGGAGGAGGAGGAAGAAGAAUAUGAGCAGGAUGAGAGAGACCAGAAGGAAGAAGGAAAUGAUUAUGAUACUCGAAGUGAGGCCAGUGACUCUGAUUCUGAAUCUCUUUCCUUCACAGACGGGUCAGUCCGAUCUGGUUCAGGCACAGAUGGCUCAGAUGAAAAAAAGAAGGAAAGGAAGAGAGCUAGAGGCAUAUCUCCCAUUGUUUUUGAUAGAAGUGGAAGCUCUGCAUCAGAGUCAUAUGCAGGUUCAGAAAAGAAGCAUGAGAAAUUAUCAUCUUCCGUUCGUGCUGUCCGAAAAGAUCAAACCAGUAAACUCAAAUACGUUCUACAGGAUGCAAGAUUCUUUCUUAUAAAGAGUAACAACCAUGAGAACGUGUCUCUUGCCAAAGCUAAGGGUGUAUGGUCCACAUUGCCUGUAAAUGAGAAGAAAUUAAAUCUUGCAUUCAGAUCUGCAAGGAGUGUUAUCUUAAUAUUUUCUGUCAGAGAGAGUGGAAAAUUUCAAGGAUUUGCAAGACUUUCUUCAGAAUCACAUCAUGGAGGAUCCCCUAUACACUGGGUGCUUCCAGCAGGAAUGAGUGCUAAAAUGCUUGGAGGUGUCUUUAAAAUUGAUUGGAUUUGCAGGCGUGAAUUACCCUUCACUAAAUCAGCUCACCUCACCAAUCCUUGGAAUGAACAUAAGCCAGUAAAGAUUGGACGCGAUGGACAGGAAAUUGAACUUGAAUGUGGAACCCAGCUUUGCCUUCUAUUUCCCCCCGAUGAAAGUAUUGACUUGUAUCAGGUCAUUCAUAAAAUGCGUCACAAGAGAAGAAUGCAUUCUCAGCCCCGAUCAAGAGGACGUCCAUCCCGUCGAGAACCAGUCCGGGAUGUGGGAAGGCGUCGACCAGAAGAUUAUGAUAUUCAUAACAGCAGAAAGAAACCAAGGAUUGACUAUGCCCCUGAGUUUCACCAGAGACCAGGGUAUUUAAAGGAUCCACGAUACCAGGAAGUGGACAGUUUCACAAAUCUUAUUCCCAACAGACGAUUUUCAGGAGUACGCCGAGAUGUGUUUUUAAAUGGGUCCUACAAUGAUUAUGUGAGGGAAUUUCAUAACAUGGGACCACCACCGCCAUGGCAAGGAAUGACUCCUUAUCCUGGAAUGGAACAACCUCCGCAUCAUCCUUAUUAUCAGCACCACGCUCCACCUCCUCAAGCCCAUCCCCCUUACUCAGGACAUCAUCCUGUACCGCAUGAAGCAAGAUACAGAGAUAAAAGAGUACAUGAUUAUGAUAUGAGGGUGGAUGAUUUUCUUCGUCGCACACAAGCUGUUGUCAGUGGUCGGAGAAGUAGACCCCGUGAAAGAGAUCGGGAGCGAGAACGAGACCGUCCUAGAGACAACAGAAGAGACAGAGAGCGAGAUAGAGGACGUGAUAGAGAAAGAGAAAGAGAACGAUUAUGUGAUCGGGACAGAGACAGAGGGGAGAGAGGUCGAUAUAGAAGAUAAUGCGCUAUGGAAGCACUGAUGGUUUAAGAUAAAAUUUUUUUUCAUUUUCUGUUUUUAUUUUUUUGUGUGUGUUUACAAGUAGUAAGUUUAUUUUCAGCUGUCUACUUAAAAUUCAUUGUGUAGGAGGAUUUAUUAUGACCCUCUUUGUUCCAAGCAUGCCGUAUAAGAACUGGAAAAACUCGAAUCCUCCAGAAUUGCACAGUUGUCAAUUUGAAUUGAAAAUUACAUUGGGUCAGAAUGGAACAGUUCAAGAAUGUAGAUACUGAUUUGUUCUUUAUAAAUGUUCAUCUACUUAAAGUAGUUCAUUCUAGAGUUUUUGUUUUCUUUCUUUUGGAUGUUGAUUGAUGGACUGCCAUGACAUUUUUUGCUUUGCUAUGUUUCUAAAUGUAGUUUGCACACGGUUCAGUAAAAAUAAUGCUGCUAUCAAGUAUGCAAAUAUUGAAGUAUAAUGGAUGGAUUGUAUGGCAGGGUCGUAGCAGCCUCUUUUAUUUUACCUCUUACUCUUAUUUUUUAAUUUCAAAAAGUCACUUUUUACUUUCUCUUUAGUCUUCAAUGAUGAGAGCAAUAUUUAGAAGACAUUGGUAUCUAAUUUUUUAAUCUUUUUAAGUAAAAUAUUAUUUUCCAUAGCAUGGUUGACAUAUUGUUUAGCCUUGCCCUCCAAACUGUAUACAUUGGCUUGGAAUAUUUACAACUUGCGUGUAUGGCAGAGGAAGAUAAUUUGCAUAUUCUGUAUUGCUAAUGUUUUGGAUAAAAUAAAAUUGGUAAAGAUUGACCUAA